CAUGACAAAACAGAAGUAGGCCCAAAUAAAUACCCAAAAGGCUUUUCCACUACCACAUUUUUAAAGGGCUUGAAAUAUGGGUCGGGCAAUUUGAGAUCCGUCCGUCGGUCCAUCCGGGUGGUAUUAUAUAAAAGAGGUCCAUCAGAGUCGGAGACGGAGAGAACAGUAGGCGUGUUGAAGCGAUCAGAAGAAUACGAAACAUCAAUCAUCGCAUCGCAGAAGAAGAAGAAGAAGAAGAAGAAGAAGAUGGGGAAACAGCCAGUGAGAAUGAAGGCGGUGGUGUACGCACUUUCACCUUUCCAGCAGAAGAUAAUGCCGGGGCUAUGGAACGAUCUUCCUUCCAAAAUCCACCACAAGGUCUUCGAUAACUGGAUCAGCACCUUCCUUUUUCUCGGUCCUCUCCUUGGCACCUACACGUAUGUCCGGAGGUACCAAGAAAAGGAGAAGUUGGCUCAUAGGUAUUGAUUUAUCGUCAAGAGCGCUCAUAUGUGCUAGAAGAAUUCUUUAUUUAUUUAUUUGUUUCACCUGCAAAUAAGUUGAAUGUUUACAAUAGAUAUCAACUACAAAGUCUACAAUUGCAAAACUUUCUCAUUCAAUUUUAACUAUGAGCCCUCUGCUUUUGCAGUCAGUUAUUAAAUUCACCAGCUGUUUGAACAUUUUUUUGUCUUUGGGUAUUACAAAGAUUUUGGUGAUUGAUUCUUAUGAAAAAUAAAAUAACAUAAUAAAAUGUUUGAUUGA